CUCUACUCGACGCGUUGUUUACCGCCAAAAACUUAACCAAAAUGCUUAUUAAGUGAACUUAAUUUUUUAAAUUUAAACUAAAUUAUUUACUUUAAAGCCAACUCAAAAGAUGGAGAAUAUGUGCAGAGUAUGUCUGGAUAGCUCCGUGAUAGUGGUCGACAUAUUUGCGGCAAUACGCGAUCCAAAAAGUGGACCCGAAUUCGGAAAAAAUCCCGCAGACUUGCUAAGCCAGUGUUCGCCCACAUAUUCUGUGGUGCGUGGCGACGAUUUGCCGCAGUUUAUUUGCCUCUCCUGCGUUGAAGCCGCCAAAAACGCAUAUCGUUUCAGGCUUAAAUUGAACCAAAGCAAGGCCAACUAUCGUCAGCUUAUUUUAAAGAAAUUGAAAUGCUUGGCACCAACUAAAAGUGGUCUGGAAAAUGUGUCGGAGCUCUCAAUAGAUGGCCAUGAUAUUCAGAAAAUUAAGCAAAUGCCCGAGCUGGCUCAGAUGGCAGAAGCGAAUUUUCAGAAUCAAAUUUUAGAGGAGGAUCACAUACCCAAUAAUUUAGAACCGGAAAAAGCACAGAAGCCUUUUUACAAAGAGAGUUCUCCGGCUUUGAUGGAUCUACUAAUGAGUUUGUCAUCAGACUCUGAGAAGGCGGAAAGCGAUACCGAGGCACCGAAACCUACCACACAGAUCAAGUGCAGGUGGUGCGGAAAGCUAAUCUCGCGCAAUCAGGUUAAGUUUCAUGAAUUGUGUUCCUGUGCCAAGCUGCCGUUGUUCGCCUGUAAUGUUUGUGGCAAGGGAUUCGGGACUGAAUACCACCUAAAUAAACACAUGCUCAAUCACAAUAACAAGCAGACGUCGAAAAGAAGCAAUGGAAAGCCUCCUGAAGGUAAAAGUUCGAGUUCACCCAAAAAGAAGCAACCAGAAGACCACUCAAAUGAUCGUGAGAGGAGCAUUUCUCCCAGAAAAGGUCGUAGCACCGAAGAAUUUCUAUGUCCGGAAUGCCAUAAGAGUUUUGACUCAAAGGAAAAGCUGACAUUUCACAGGGAUAUUAUGUGCCAUAAAUGUCCCCAUUGCUCACGCUUUUUGUCAAGCGAUCGCAGUCUUAAGAGACAUCUCAAGGAGAACUGUACAAUGGCAGUCUUUGACUGCCGUCGUUGCCCACGCAAAUUCAUGCUAAAAGAUGACUUGCUGGCGCACCAGAAAACUCACCACAGCAAUAACGGUGGAGUUUUAAAUUGCAUGAAAUGCCAUGCAGAAUUCAAUGAUAUCGUUUAUCUGCGGAUCCACGAUCGAGAUCACCAUCCAGAUCAAGGGCAAGUUAAGCAUAGCCAAGGAGAUACAGGAGCUGCUUUGCAUAGUAACAGGAAACGUCACAUAUCGGAUCAGGGUCAAGAACAUGGUCAACUGAAGUGUAGCCAAGGAGAUACUGGCGCUACUCCCUGUAGUGCCGGGAAACGGAUCAUUUCGGAAAAUGAUCAACUGGGGUUUAGCCAAGAAGAUGCAGGAGUUUCUGCCCGUCGCUCAAGGACUCCAUCACUGCUAAAGAAGAUGCAGAGCUGCGACGACACGGACACUGACACCGACACAUCAAUCGAUACCGUUAGCCCACCCUUGGGAAAAGAAGCGAGUUUUCCCUGCGAGGAGUGUGGUAAGAAAUUUGCGACAAAAGCUAGCCUGCAUAAUCACACUCGUUUGCACGCUCGCCCCUACAAGUGCGAGCAUUGCACGAAGAAGUUUACUCGCAAAAGUCAACUGGUUGAGCACAGUCGUCGUCACACGGGCGAACGUCCUUUCAAACACGAACGUUCCUACAAGUGCUCGGACUGCGGCAAGACAUUUCGGACACAGCAAAGCUGUAUUAGGCACGCUCUUGUUCACACGGUCGAACGUCCCUACUUAUGCUUGAUUUGCAACGCGCAAUUUAAGGACGAGGCUUCGCGGAGGAGACACGCUCGUACGCACACUGGCGACCGUCCGUUCCAGUGCCCGUAUUGCGACAAGAAAUUUACGCGCAAUGAAUGUCUGGAAAUACACAAGCGCAUUCACACGGGCGAACGUCCCUUUGGGUGUACGCAGUGCGACAAAAAAUUUUAUCAAAAGUCAAACCUGGAUGAACAUAUUCUAGAUCAUACUGGACAACGUCCCUACAACUGCUUGAUUUGCAAGAAGGAAUUCAAGGUUAAAUCUAAUCUGAACAGACAUGCUCUUACGCAUGCCGCCGAACGUCCUUACGGGUGCUACGAGUGCGACAGGAAAUUUACAUCCUAUUCAAACCUGAAGAGGCACACUCUUACUCACACUGACACACGUCGUUACAAAUGCACGCGCUGCGACAAUAAAUUUCAGCAUAAGCGAGACCUGGAUAAGCACUCCUUUGACGUUCACGAUAUAAGUCUUUACGAGUGCAAGCAGUGCAACACGAAAUUUUUUCGCAAAUGCGACCAGACGAGGCACUAUCGUCUGCACAAUAACAAGAAUUAUUUAAAGUGCGAGGAUUGCGGCACACAUUUUCAGAGCAGUAGUGACAUGAUUAACCACACUCGCUGCGAUAAAGGGCCCAACACCUGCUUGCAAUGCGGCAUACAAUUUAAGCAAAGCUGUUUGCUGAAUCAGCAUAUUACUCGUACUCACGAAAGUAUUCACGAAAGUCUUCCCGAGAUGAAAUUCAGUUCGAGUACGGAUCUUGAGGAACAUAUGCACAAAAGAGCGGCGUCCGACAAGUCAAGCUUUACUAAAGAUUAUAAGCUGGAAAAGCGUUUGGUCGAAAACCAGGACGAUGAAAGCGAUUAGAUCCAUAUUUUGUUAUUGACGUUAAUGAAUAACUCAUUUUUUUCGUUUAUAUUUUUGAUUUCUCUUAAAAGACUUGAAGCUGUUUCCUAUUUUUGUUAACUAUUCUAUAUUUUUUUGUUGUUAUUUAAACGCUACAGCGAAAUUGGUUGGUCGCAGACGAUGAGUCCGCAUUGACCAGGUACUGAAAAUUUUGAACUCAAAAAAGAGUUGUUUGCCGAACGAACACCAGAAAUAUCGUUGUUAACUAUUCAUACAUCAUACAUUAUAAUACUCAUUUUGACAUAUUAAAUAAAUCCCUAAUUUAGAAUGACUGUUAAGU